CGGCGGGCGCGGAGAUGUGGCCCCUGGUCGUGCUUCUGCUGCUGGGCUCGCUGCGCGGCGGUUCAGCUCAACUAAUAUUUAAUGUAAUCAAAUCUGUAGAAUAUACUGUUUGCAAUCAAACCGUUGUCAUCCCAUGUUUUGUUAAUAAUGUGGAGACGAAGAACAUUACUGAAUUGUAUGUCAGAUGGAAAUUUAAAGGAGAAAACAUUUUCAUCUUUGAUGGAAGUCAGCGGAUGUCCAAGUCCAGCAGUUACUUUCCUAGUGCAAAAAUCACACCAUCAGAAUUACUGCGUGGCAUUGCCUCUUUGAAGAUGGAUAAGAGUGAUGCCGUCUCAGGAAACUACACUUGCGAAGUAACGGAGUUGAGCAGAGAAGGGGAAACCAUCAUAGAACUAAAAUACCGUGUUGUUUCAUGGUUUUCUCCAAAUGAAAAUAUCCUCAUUGUUAUUUUCCCAGUUUUGGCUAUACUUCUGUUCUGGGGACAGUUUGGUAUUGUGACACUUAAAUAUAAAUCCAAUUACACGAAGGAGAAAGCCAUUUUUCUGUUAGUUGCUGGACUACUGCUCACCAUCCUCGUCACUGUUGGAGCCUUUCUUUUAAUCCCAGGUGAAUAUUCAACAAAGAAUGCUUCAGGACUUGGUUUAAUUGUACUUCCUACAGUAAUAUUAAUAUUACUUCAUUACUGUGUGUUUAUGAUAGCUAUGGGGAUGUCCUCCAUCACCAUCAGCAUACUGAUCCUUCAGAUACUGGGCUAUGUGCUGUCUGUGGUCGGAUUCAGCCUCUGUGUCUCAGAAUGUGUCCCAGUGCAUGGUCCUCUUCUGAUUUCAGGUUUGGGUAUUAUAGCUCUAGCAGAAUUACUUGGAUUAGUUUAUAUGAAAUGUGUUGUUCAGAGAAAUGCCUUUGGUCAGUUGAAGGUCAAGAAGAGAAAAGCUUCCAAUCAUAGGACUAUACAACCUCCUAAGAAAGCUGUAGAGGAACCUCUUAAUGCAUUUAAAGAAUCAAAAGGGAUGAUGAAUGAUGAGUAACUGAAGUGGAGUGGUGGACUCUGAUUUGGAGAGUAGUAUGACAUGAAAGAAAUACACUUGUGUUUAAGCACCAUGGCCUUGAUUCAUUGUCCUGGAGAAGAAAACAAGAAAAGUAACUGGUUUCCAUCUAUGGGAGAAAGUAAAUAAUUGACCUUUAAAUGAUUGUUACCGUUAAGUUUUUAUUCAAAGCAUUUUUAAAUUUAAUUAAUAAAUGAAUUAUGAUCUGUGUUGUGUGCCCAAUUGAUAUCCAGUUUUUUGUUGUUAUUUUUAUUCAAUUAGGGGCAAAAGUAGAGUGGGCAACUUCCAAGAAUGAUGCCUUCCAGAUCCUGGGGCCUCUUAACUCUAGGUCACCAACUUAAAUUGGUUCAAGGUGAGAAUUUCCUGGUACAACCCUGGUUACCCAGAGCUAUCGAUGAAAACAGAGGCUUCCGUCAAACCUUAGCAAACUUUGGCACAGCCACUUUGGCCGUUAUGGUGUUAACCAUAGUAGUGUCUGCCACUUCUGGGUCAGGGGCAUAAUAUUAAGUACAGACUAGAAAUUCAUUGAGGAACAUCUUGUCGGCUGCCUGUGUGGGGUGUGAUAUGCUGAGGAUCAUGGUCUUCAUUCUUGGGGGUUGCCACUCACAUGUUAUCCCCUCAACAUGCAGUGUACCAGACCCUUUCCAGACCGAGGGUAAUUUUGUUGAUGGAUGUUUUCUUCCUUUUUUUCACAUGACUCUUUACAUGCUGUCUUGUCCUCCUGUUGUUUGCUUCUGCCGUACGAGGUGUAGGCUUUUUCUCCUCUUUGAACAUGGUCCAGUGACACAGUAGCAUCACUUCAGAAAGGAGCCAGACUUAUUCUCAAAGAACUAUGUUCACACUUUUCAGCAGAAAUAGCGAUGGUUGUAACAUAUGUAUUCCCUUCCUCGGAUUUAAAGGCACAAUCUACCGUGUUUCUUCGCUUCUUUUCCGAUCUGGGGCAUGAAAAACCAAGAUUGAGAUUUGAACUAUGAGUCUCCUGCAUGGCGACAUAAUGUGCGUCACCGUCAGGCCAACAGGCCAGCCCUGAACGGGCGGUUUUAUUACUGUUGUAUCUGUGUUGCAUGGUAAACACUCCUCAUCUCCUCCUGUAGUCCUGCCUCAUAUUCACUUUACCCUAAGAUUGAAAAGUAAAACAACCCCCCCCCCCCCCCCCCCCCUCCCCGCCAUUAGAAGAAGAUUAACAUUCUGACAGUUGUGAUCGCCUGGAGUACUUUUAGAUUAUUAGAUUUUCUUCCCUUGCGGGUGUGUGUUUGUAUGUGCACAUGUAUGAGAUAGGCACGUACCUCUUCUGUAUGGACAGCACUGAGGUACCUAUGGGAGAGCAAAUGUUAAUUUCAUGCUUCUAGUGAAAACAUUUCAAAACAAAGAUCUUUAUUGGGUGGACUUCUAUUUGAUGUGAAUGUUCAAUCACUUAAAACGUUUAAAAAGUUCUAGGUAAUUUGCCAAGCUUUUUGACUGCUCACCAGUGCCCUCUAAAAAUACUGGUUUCUCUUCCUGUUUGUGUAAUAAGACAUUGCUAUUUGUAGUUGCAUUAUUAGUAGUUAUUUCUUAGUCCACUGAAUGUUCCCAUGUACCUUGUUUAUGCCAAAUUACUUGUCAUAUUUUACGUUGGGACCAAGUGGUUUGCCCAUCGCAAACCAAAAUUUAUGACCUGCCGAUGCCUCUUAGAAAAGUGAACAUACUAUGAAAACAGUUCUUUUGGAAAAAAAGAAAAAUAAAUGUUCUCCCCUAAUUGUGUUCCUGUCCAAAGUAUUAACAUGUAGAGGGAGCUGUAUUCCUUUAUACAAAUUUCAUGGCUCCCACUGCCCUUCUUCCUUCUGAAAACAUUUGUAUUUUACUAAUAUAGUUUGUUAAUUUAGAAAUCAAUCCUGAUGAAAGGAGGAAAAAAGCAGAUGGACUUGAAAAAGAUCCAAACUCCUGUUCUCUAUAUGAAGUCUUAUAAUAAACUUUUUUAUGAACCAGAGUUGUACCUUUUAAUAUGUAGUCAGCUCUCAUUUCUUUGGGGCUCAGUCUUGGGACUUAUCCGUCCUUUGCGGUCUCUUUAACACCACCUGUCUUUGGCGGCAGUCCCUGCCCUAGACAGCACACAGAGGUGGCAGGAGAAAGGCCAGGUAUGUUACUGUCAUCCUCCCUGUUGCUCCCACUUCUCUGGACGAGGGACCACAGCAGCAGGCGCCCUCUUACUCGGGCAUCGUUGGGCCAGUUCAUUCUCUUUAAAUUAGACUUCUAAGGACAGGAAGUUUUCUGUCACACCAAAUUAAAGUUGUCAGCAGUUUUGAGUAUCAAUAUUAUGUUACCCCCAUAAUAUGCUCUUUUAAUCAGUGAUCCCAAUUUUUGCCGUCGACUUCAGUUUUAUUUACUGUAUGUUCUCAGAGUGACAACAUUUGUCAUUUUGGCAACAAAUCCAAUUCUCUCUCCUUCAAGACAUUAUCCUCCCACCCGUCCUCCCCUCUGGCUCUCCUCUGCGGUCUGCGCCUAUCUGCUGCCUCCCACCUCCUACUCAGCUUUCCUGGUCCUUCAUGUGUCUCUGCUUAGCUCUGCUGGGUGUUUGUCUUGCCCCUCUCAUUCAGUUUAAAAAAUUCCACCAUAAAGCAAGGGCCUUUCCCCCCUUCCUUUCUCUUCCUGCAGUGUUUGCAAACAUUAGAUGCUCACUCUGUAAAUUUGAUGAUUGAAUAGACUGUAUUUCAGUUUCCCCAUAUUAUUAAUAGAGUGAGCCAGAGAUUUUUCUUUUUAGACAAAUUUCACAUGCUCUGAAAACCUGCAAAGGUGAUCAUUUUUUCACCUGGAAGCCCUAGGUCCAAUCUGUUAAUUUUCUGAGAAUGUCAGAAUGAAAAUAAUGGGGUUAUCCCAUACUUGAGAGUAUUGUUCUUUUCAGGAUGUUGUAGUUAUUUUAGUAAGUGACCAACCAAAUUGUGAUCUGAGUUAAAAUAAAGCUGAAAAAGUUGUGAGUUUAUGCUUCCUUCUCGUUAAUAAGAGUUAAGCUCUGUAUCACCUAGAUUUCUCUUGUCCUAACAUGGGUAUUCAAAAACAGACAUCUGUGGUAUAUGUAUGGAAUGGCACACCCCUUUUUUACCUGUUAUUGGAAACUAGAGAAGUGAUUGUUGGGCAACCCUUUAUCAUUAUGUUGUGUUUAAUUUGAUGAAGAUUCUGUUUCGAAGCCAUUUUUCACGUGUUAUGUUUUCAGCCACUAACUGCCAUCACCCACUGGGGUCCUUUGUUAUCUUCCAUGGCUAAUAGGGAUAAUCCAGGUAACUUUUCAGAGAUGAGCAGUGAACAGGAAGCUUUCCUGCCUUUGGCUUUUGACAGCCCUUCCUUAAUAUUUAAGAACAGCUUUCCCAUAAAUUUAGUCUUUUGAAAAGAAGACAGCAUCUGUAAUGAACUUCUCUGUAAGGCAGUUUCAGUGGAAUCUUAAAUGUUGUUAUCAGGGUUGGUGAGAGACGGAAGCAUUUUUGUUUUUAUUAAACAGAGCGUUAUUUACAAAGAGCCAUUGUUGAGAAUUAGAUUCCACACCGUAUAAAUAUCCAUUAACCAUUCUAAAUAAAGGAAACUCUGGUGUUGCUAUGUGUGAGAUCCUCUCCUGGGGGCUUUUUUCCAUAGCAAUUAAAGGUGUGCUGUUUGUCAGUAGCCAUUUUUUGCAGUGAUUUAAAGACCAAAGUUGUUUUCCAGCUGUGUUACCGUUAAAGGUUUUCUUUUUAUAUGUAUUAAAUCAAUUUAUCACUGUUUGAAGCUUUGAAUAUCUGCAAUCUUUGCCAAGAUACUUUUUUAUUUAAAAAACAUAACUUUGUAAAUAUUACCCUGUAAUAUUAUAUAUACUUAAUAAAACAUUUUAAGCUA